AUGCCGAAGCGCUCCAAGAAGGAGCGGCUGGCGGCGCACGCUGCGUCUGCAGAUUGGGUGAAGAGCAACGUCAGCAUUCGCAAGAGCCUAUGCGAAACAGGCGGCGGAGGAGCUUUCACGAGUGUUUUCAUCAAAGCUGGCUCACUCGUCGGCUUCUACGAGGGCAAGAGUGUUAGAGCAUCGGACCUACCAGAGCUUGAAAAUCGUGAUUAUGUGAUGUUGGGCGAUCGCGCCCGGCGUGACGCGUAUGACCCGCUCGGCCGGCUGGUCUUGGCGAACGGCGACGAGGCCAACGUGCAUGGUUGGACUGACAAAGCUUGGUUGGCGAUGGAGCAUGAAGGAGUUGCUUGGCGUGGACAGCACGCCUCAUGGACGCGAUUCAUAAACCAUGCGCGUGGGCAAUACGCGAAUCUGUCGCAGGCUACGACACGCGAAAAGUACGGCCGAGCAUACGCCCUGUAUGCGAAGCGCGACAUCCAAGUUGGCGAGGAGCUCUUCUACGACUACGGCAAGGACUACUGGCACGCGGAACGAUGUCGCGCUUCGGGCUGA